CAAAUAUUACAAUAUAUACCAGUUUUCCUUGUUUACGGUUGCUUUAUCGCUGUAGUGUUUGCAUUUGUGUCUGCGCCUGCGUCCAUUCUUAAUCUACUAAUAUUACUCAAAAAUUAUUUAUUGAAUAUGUUCCAUCAAAGUAACGUGUAUUUCCUGUGCUUGCUUGUUAUAGCCUCCAGUUGUCUCAUAUCCAACGUGGACAGCUUUCAACGCGGACUUAGACGUGGAACAACAACGCCAAUGCCAACGACUAGUAGCCCAGCGCCAUUAACAGCUAAGGAAUACUUGGAUAGCAAGUCGAGUUUUUCCACAUUCGGAAUCAUUGCCAUUCUAUUUUCGAUCAUCGUAGUAUCUUUAGUGUUUUACUAUGGCAUCAUGUGUUAUCCGUUCUUGUGUCGCGAUGAUAAAAAAUAUCGAUUUAUGGACGUCUCAUCCACCAUUACGGCAGCCACAUCGCGUUCAAUACAAUCGAUAGAGAAUUAUCCAGUAGAUCAGAAGCAUCAUCAUCAACUUGCCUAA